AUCGAAGUAGACGUGUGUCGCGUAUUUAAACAUUUUAAUAAAAUUUAAUAAAUUAAAGCUUGUUCAUAAAAUAAUUGCAUUUUAAAUUGAUAUCUCAGAGAUUUGAAGUUAAGUGAUAAGUGUCGCGUACAGAUAAAAGCAUAUUAUAUAUAAUUCGUUAGAACGAACAAUAAUGGUGCGUCCACACUCACGAUGAAACCGUUUGCGGGGCAGGGCGUCAAUGGCUUCGUUAUGAUGUACAUGGCGAAAUGGAAGCGCGCCGCCGUACUGCUGCUGCUCAUAUGGAUAUUCGUGACGUACCUCGUUAUAUCGCCGUUGAGAUGCGACGGGAGUACAGAGGAAGUGUCGGAAUUCCAAGACAGAUUGAAGACUGUGUCAAUGCAGUUGGAAUCUCUUAAACAACAGCACAAUAAACUGAUCGCACAGAUUAAAAAGUCUUCUGGACUGAACGUAAAUCUCAAAGACCUGGACACAGGAUCGCUAUUCGAUUCAGUGGGAGGUCCGUCGGAGGAAUAUGAGAAUCUCAGGAGAAGAAUAUUCUCGAACACGAAGGAAGUCUGGUACUUUCUCAACCAUGAGCUGACGAAGGUUAUGAAGGGAGACUAUAAGGUGGAAAAGCUGCAGUCGAUUUUGGACCAACUGGCGCAUAGAAAAGGAUCGCUACUAUCAGACCAGCAGAAACUUCCAGAAUUAGACGGCUAUCAAGACUGGAGGCUAGCCGAAGCGGCAAACGUCAGCGAUUUGGUGCAAAGAAGACUCAAAUACCUGCAGAAUCCACCAGAUUGCAGGGACGCCAGGAAAGUUAUAUGCAAUUUGAAUAAGGGCUGCGGUUUCGGCUGCCAACUCCACCACAUAGUCUAUUGCCUUAUAUUCGCAUACGCAACUGAGAGGACACUAAUACUCAACUCGAAGGGGUGGAGAUACAACACGAAGGGGUGGGAGUACGUGUUCCACCCUAUUUCUGAUAGUUGUGUGUCCGCGUAUGAUGACAAGGUUGUACAGUGGCCGGCGGCAUAUGAUCCAAAAGUGGUAUCUCUACCGUUCAUCGACUCCAUCUCGCAGAAACCAAAGUUCCUGCCGCUCGCCAUACCCUCGGAUCUAGCACACCGGAUAGUACGUUUCAACGGUGACCCAGCGUCAUGGUGGAUCGGACAAAUGCUCAAAUAUAUACUCAAGCCGCGGCCCGCCAUGCAAAAGGCAAUCAAUGAAACAAUAUCCAAAAUGCACUUUAAAAGGCCAAUUGUGGGAGUACACAUACGUCGCACAGACAAAGUGGGCACAGAGGCGGCGUUCCACAGUAUAGACGAAUAUAUGGUGCACGUCAAGGAUUAUUAUGACCAGUUAGAGAUUACACAAACUGUAGACGCUAGGAGAGUAUAUUUAGCCAGUGAUGACGCUAAUGUGCUAGAAGACGCGCGCAAGAAGUACCCCGCGUACACGUUCCUCGGCGACGCGUCCAUCGCCAAAACCGCAGCAACACACCGCCGCUACACGCCCGUGUCGCUCACCGGCCUGCUGGUGGACCUGCACCUGCUGGCCAUGUGCGACCACAUUGUGUGCACCUUCAGUAGCCAGGUGGGUCGCGUAGCCUACGAGAUGAUGCAGACGAACCGUUUGGACGCGUCUCUCGCGUUCCAAUCAUUGGACGAUAUCUACUACUUCGGCGGGCAGAACGCGCACGACCGCCGCGCGCUGCUGCCGCACGUGCCUAGCGAGCCUAACGAGAUUGCGUUGCAGGAAGGUGAUUUAAUCGGUAUAGCGGGCAAUCACUGGAAUGGAUUCGGACGAGGGACCAAUAAAAGAACUAAUCAAAACGGCCUAAUCCCAUGGUACAAAACAGCUGAUCAUUUAGUGCUCUACCCGUUCCCAGAGUACAAACAGGUAGACAAAGAACGACGGAACGACUUAUAGGGAGAUGUUCGUUAGUACAGUCGGCGAUAAAAGUGCUUUUAUUUUAAAAUAAUGUAUUUAUUAUGAAACAAUAAUAAUAUGCAGUGAGAUUAUUUGAUUAUUUGUAUAAUCUGUAUUUGCUUGGUAUUUUUAAUUCUAUCGGUAAUGUUUGUAUCAAUGUUUAUUCUGUAAUAAUCAAAGAAAAUAAUAUACUUUUGUAUCUAGGAAUCAUAUUUAAAUGGUAAGUUUUAUUAAUGGAAAACAUUUUAAACGCAUUAUAACGGAUUUAUAAAUUUUAAAUGGCUUGAAAUUAACAGUAAUUUGUAUACGCACAUCAUUUUGGUAUAAAAUAAGUUUUAACCAACAAAUGUACAGUUUUAUACAGGUUCACUAGAUAAUUUAGCUUAAAAACAUAAAAUAUAGUAAAGUAUUUUGUCGCCGACUGUACAUGUAGCCGAUUAAACCCAACUUGUUGUUAAUAUUAUAAAAUAUUGAAUUUAUUCGGAUAAGACUUAGCUGUAAUUGCUGCAAAUAAAAUAAGUAAUUUUUGUUCAUAUGUUUGCAAAAAGCAUUUAAUGAAAUUGUAAUUUUUUUACAACGUGACGAUGAAUGUGAUUUAUAGGUGUAUGUAGUUCAUGUUGCCAGACACACGCUUUACCUUCAGAAAGUAUCACAUUUGAAAUAAUUUAUGUUUUUUGAUAAUUCAUGAGCACUAUUUUGCUACCCAAUGAUAUUAUAAGUAAAAAGUUGUGUGUGUUUAUGUUAGUAACCUAACAUUAACUAUGUCACCGAUCGAAUGGGUUGCUUGGAAGAAAUUGCUUGUAGCAAUAAAGCCGCCUUUUGACUAAUUAUGUUCUCUUAUUAAGUAAAGUUUGUAUUUUUUGUUUGUGUGCAAUAAAGCUUAUAAAUUCGAUCUUCAAACACGGCACUCUAACACGAUUUAGACGUCAAAGCGAGAUAGCAUGAUUCAACUAUUGUAAGCGAAAAAGAGACAAUUGAAGGAAAAUUUUGCUAAUUAGCCACAUUUUGAUCACUCAUGGAGUGCUAAUAAUCUAUCUAAACAUUUUACUUGUAAUAUCAUUGUUUUCUAUCACAAAAAGUAUCUUCUUUAACGAAAAAUCUAACGAUAAUAAUUUAUCGUCACGAUCUUUCUAAUUACUUUUAGGUUCUAAUGCAAUUUUACAUCAAGUACAUUCAGUUUGAACACAAUUUUAGUGUACUCUAUGCUCAUUAUCUAUGUAAUUGCAAUAAAGUAAAUAAACAAACAUACAAAUAUUAUCUUUUACAAUCAUUUAGUUUUGUUUAAUAUAGCUUUAGGUAGUUAAUCAAUUCUAACAUUUCCAUUUAACAUCUUAAACCGUGGAAAAU